AUGUCGUCCGUGUCCCCACCCGCCGUGCCUCAGCGCAGCCUCAGCAGACGCGUCGGCAGGCUCUUCUGCUGCGGCUGCUGCAGCGGCGACCCUCUCGCGAUGCAGCGGCUCGAUGCUCAUCUUGAGGAGUCGGCCGCCGCGCCGCAGCGUGGCAGAUCCCGCCGGUCUAGGAAGAAGCUGCCGCUUUCAAAACUGGAGGGCGCGCAGCUGGACGAGGGCGACCCGGCGCCACAGCUCUGGGACGGGUCUGUCCUCUCCGAGGCAGAGGACAAUGGCGAGGGCGACAACGGCGUGCCGGCGAGCGGCGCCGGCUCGUGGGACUUUGGUGUCCCGGACUUUCGUUGGCCGGCUCGGCCGAGCAUCCCCGUGCGGGACGAGAAGUCGGGCGUGAAGAGCUACGUGGACCAGUCCUCUGCCAAGGAGCUCUUCAACGUCACCCUCCGCAAGUUUGUGAUCCCUGUGGUUCGCGGCGGGCUCGACGGCUCCUCCGCUCCUCCCUCUAUUCGUAGGUCGGCCCUGCAG